UCUUCGAAAUCCGUAAACUCUCAUCAGCCGACAGGUUGCUUCUUCCUGUGCCGAUUCCUCUGCCUCGUCUUCCCAUACUCUCUUCCUCCUCCUCCAAGAAAUCCUUGUCUUCCCUCCAUCCGCCUAUCCGAUAGAGAGAGCUUAUAGAAAUCAUGCCUACUGUGAGUGUGAAAUGGCAAAAGGAGCUGUUUCCUGCUGUGGAAAUUGACACUAGUCAACCUCCUUAUGUUUUUAAGUGUCAGUUGUACGAUUUAACUGGUGUGCCCCCAGAAAGGCAAAAGAUUAUGGUAAAGGGUGGUCUUUUGAAGGAUGAUGCAGAUUGGUCAACUUUAGGUGUAAAAGAUGGCCAAAAGUUGAUGAUGAUGGGUACUGCAGAUGAAAUUGUGAAAGCUCCAGAAAAGGGUCCUGUCUUUAUGGAAGAUCUGCCAGAAGAAGAACAAGUAGUUGCUGUGGGUCACAGUGCUGGUCUUUAUAACCUGGGAAACACUUGUUAUAUGAAUUCGACUUUGCAGUGCCUUCAUUCAGUUCCAGAGCUGAAGUCCGCAUUAUCAAGCUAUACAAAUUCUGGAAGAAGCAACGAGCUAGAUCAGUACUCCCAUCUUUUGACUGUUGCAACUCGCGAUCUUUUUAGUGAUCUGGAUCGGAAUGUCAGGCCUGUUGCACCAUUACAGUUUUUGUCGGUGUUGCGUAAAAAAUAUCCCCAAUUUGCACAGCAGCACAAUGGUGUUUACAUGCAACAGGAUGCUGAAGAAUGUUGGACCCAACUUAUGUAUACACUUUCUCAGUCUCUUCGGUCAUCAGAAUCAAGCGAAGUAUCAGGCACAGUAAAGGCUCUAUUUGGGAUCGACCUUGUCAGCAGGAUCCACUGUGCAGAAAGUGGUGAAGAAAGCUCUGAGAUGGAAUCUGUAUAUGCACUGAAAUGCCACAUCUCUCAGGAUGUAAACCACUUGCAUGAGGGGCUCAAACAUGGUCUGAAAUCAGAAUUGGAGAAGGUUUCUCCAUCUCUGGGACGUAGUGCAAUUUAUUCAAAAGAAUCACGCAUCAAUGACUUGCCUAGGUAUUUGACUGUUCAGUUUGUCCGUUUCUUCUGGAAAAGGGAGUCAAAUCAGAAGGCAAAGAUUUUGCGGAAAGUGGACUAUCCAUUGGAACUGGAUGUUUAUGAGUUCUGUUCAGAUGAACUACGGCAAAAGCUGCAAGCUCCUCGUCAGACUCUAAGAGAACUAGAAAAUGCCAAGCUUGGGUUGAAAACACAGGACAAGAACAGCGGUUCCAAAGAAAAUGAUGCCAACAUCCCUAAAUCAGAGGGGCCAUCUGAUAAUUCUGGAGAGCCAUCUGCCAUCACCCAUGAAAAAGCUACAUCUUCUGAGAAAAAAGUGCAGUUGACUGGAAUCUACGAUCUGGUUGCGGUGCUGACGCACAAGGGUAGGAGUGCGGACUCUGGGCACUAUGUUGGUUGGGUAAAGCAAGAAAGUGGGAAAUGGAUUCAAUUUGAUGAUGACAAUCCUAGUCCACAAAGGGAGGAGGAUAUCACAAGACUCUCUGGCGGAGGUGACUGGCACAUGGCAUACAUCUGCAUGUAUAAAGCUCGGGUCGUGAGUAUGUGAAGGGAAACUUAAAACAACUUUCUAGGGCAUAUAUGUACUUUUAAUACAUGCAAGUGUAUACAGAAAUGUUUUGCUGUUUGAUGUAUGAUUUCAUCUGCCUACUGUCCCAGUUCAUUUAUUCAGCUGGUGGAGAACUUGUGUGCCUAAAAACAAUGCUGCAACUAGUAGGUGGAUAUGCCUAAUUCAAAAAUCAUUUAACAGCUGAAAUAAGAGCAUUAUAGGAGAGGGCAAAUUAUCAGUUCUGAAGGAUGCUAAUGUUAUUUUGCCAUAGUCAAUGUUAUGUAUACUUCGUCCAUUGAAUAUAAUGCAAAAGGCCUUGAACCUCUGGUUUGUGAAUCAAAA